CCUCUGUUUUUCCAUUCUCCAUACUCCUCCACUUUCUCUCUGAUGCUUCUUCCUUCACAACCCCACCAUACUUUUUUAUUUUCGGGUAAGAAAAACUCGAUCUUUUAUUUAGGCAUGGAUUCUUCUAAGUCCUAUCAAAUCAUGUUACAUAGCUAGGAACUGAGAAUUCAUUAGCAUUUGAGGCUUCGCAGAAUAUUUUUUUUUGAUUGGUUGAAAAAAUAUGAGUGAAGAAAAGGAAAAGGGAAGCAGAAGUAGAGGAAUGGAGAAUCUCUCGUUGGAGUUGGGCAGGUACCCAAGAGAUCUGUUACAGAGAUUCAUGUCAGCUGAUACACAAGAAUCAAUAAACAGAGCUUCCGAAGAAGAAACAGAGGAACUAGAGCUCAACCUGGGUCUCUCACUCGGUGGUCGAUUCGGGGUGGACAAGACAGCCAAGAAACUAACAAGAUCAUCAUCAAUUGCAGGGACAAUAGCUAUAAUCAGAGAAGAUGAUCCACUGACAUCACCACCAGUACAGUAUCCGUCUCUCAUGAGAACCUCUUCUUUGCCGACGGAGACUGAAGAGGAGUGGAGGAAGAGAAAGGAAAUGCAGACUUUGAGGAGAAUGGAAGCCAAGAGAAGGCGAAGUGAGAAGGAAAAUCAGAGGAAUUCGUCUAAUUCAAGACCAGAAGUGAAGACGGAGGACGAGAGAAGGGAAUUGAGUAGGAGUAGGAGUGGUUUUGGGAUGCAACCGCCUUCUGGGUCAGUGGAGUCUCAUGGAGGGAGUUCUUCGGCUAUAACGGAGCUUGAGAGUAAGCCUCUUCAAGGAUCAAGCAGUUGUGGCGAAGCAAGAAGCACGGGUAGUAAUCAUUCUUUGCAAGAAAGAAACAGUCAGGAGGCAGUAGGUUCUUCAACGAUGAAGAAGAACGAAAAUCUACACAGAACUUGCAGCACUGAUGUAGGAAAACUAUCCAGAAAACCCGGAAAGGAGAUUGGGACUAAUCCGAACGAAGAUAUGCCUUGCGUCUUCACCAAAGGAGACGGUCCUAACGGGAGAAGAAUAGAAGGUAUUCUAUACAAGUAUGGUAAGGGAGAGGAUGUAAGGAUAAUGUGCGUCUGCCAUGGCGAGUUCCUCUCUCCAGCAGAAUUUGUCAAGCAUGCCGGUGGCAGCGAUGUUGAUCACCCUCUAAAGCAUAUAGUUGUAAACCCUUCUGCCUCUCUGUUUUCAUAAUGCGAUUCUCAUUCUCCCCUCGAAACAUUGGGGUUGUGAAAACAGAGAGAAUUUUCAGAAACUAGUGUUCUAUUUUUCAAGAAUUCCUUUCUGUUAAAUCCUUGAGGAAGAACUCAAUAUAUAUAAUUCUGUUCUGGGAGAGAUUUCAAUGGCACCUAUGAUAUUUUUAAAAAGCCUCCAUAAGCAGACUUUUGGCUUGGCUCAAGUCUUCAUUCUUGCUCUAACAGCCAGGCGACAGGAAGUUUUCAGGAAAGCAUCAAAGAGGAGAGAAAAUUCAGAUUUGGUAUGAAUUCUGGGUUGUGCAAUAAGAAGCAAAAAUGUGGAAAAAUAAAUAAAAAGGAGCCAACCAGAAGAAUCAGUAAAGCCAAAUUCAACUUCAAGCUAUAUAACAGAUAUAAAAUGUGUUUAUGACCAAACCUGUGAAGCUUCAACAACUGCCCGCUCGCAACCAUGUGAGAGUUAAUUUUGGAAUGAACAGUAUUGCAUAACCAGUAUCAUAAGCAUGUAAUGAAACCUUAAAAGCAAUGUCCUAAAUCAUCCUAAGUGACAAAAAUGUCAAGCAAAGACUCAAGAGAUCUUGCCGUCGAUGCACAACACACUCAAAACUGCAAGGAAGAAAUAAAAUCACAGGUAGAACAUACGGGAGCUUCUGCUCAAUGCAUGGUUAACUGAUGCAUAAAAGUUAAAAGGCUAAUGUCUAGUUUCUGCACAUUUAUCACUUGUCUAAUGACAAAAAAGCGGCUGCAGAAACAUGUUGGGGGAGAAAAAU